AUGGAAGUGUGAAAUUAGGUGAAAAAUAACAGAAAAGAAAAGCAAACUGUGAAGAGAAGCAAAUUCACGAUGAACCGCGUCAUCUCUUAUCACUGUCAAUUGGAAAUUUUCAAUUACACAUUAUCGAUGCACACAGAAAUCGCGUUUGCAUAAGCACUUUUUUUUUUAUUGUUUUCGUUUCCGAUUUCAUUUCUCAACUCGUCUUCCUAUUCACCGAUCUCAAUGGCUUCUGUCUCCCUUCUUCUCGCCCUGCUCGUCUUCUUCGUAAUUGGCACUUCUCUUUCAAACAGUAGGAAGGAAUUAAGGGACAAGGAGAAAGCUGCAUUACAGAUGUUAGAGGGCUCAGUUCAUUAUUCCAACAGUAUCAACCCAUCACGUGUUGUCCAAAUCUCUUGGCAACCAAGGGUUUUUCUAUACAAAGGUUUUUUGUCUGAUAAGGAGUGUGACUACCUUAUCUCUGUGGCAUAUGAAGAAAAAUCCUCAGGGAAUGGUGGAACUUCCUUGGUGAUGGAAGAUGAUAUUCUUGCAAGGAUUGAAGAAAGACUUUCAGUUUGGACUUUCCUUCCUAAAGAGAACAGCAAGCCUUUGCAAGUCAUGCAAUAUGGGUCGGAGCAGAAUGAUCGAACCUUAGAUUAUUUUACAAACAAAACCAAUUUGGAAUUGAGUGGACCUUUAAUGGCAACAGUUGUUUUAUAUCUCUCGGACUCUACUAAAGGGGGUCAAAUUCUCUUUCCUGAAUCAGUGCCAAGGAGUAGCAGUUGGUCAAGUUGCAGUAACAGUAAUAAGACCAUACAACCAGUAAAAGGGAAUGCAAUUCUGUUUUUCUCUCUUCACCCAAGUGCUUCUCCUGACAAGAGUAGUCUUCAUUCUAGAUGCCCUGUGCUUGAAGGGAACAUGUGGUCUGCAAUUAAAUACUUCUAUGCGAAACCAAUUAGAAGAAGCAAGGUCUCAGCCAUAUCAGAAGACGAUGAAUGUACUGAUCAAGAUGAGAACUGUCCUGCAUGGGCAGCUAUGGGAGAAUGUCAAAGAAAUCCUGUCUUCAUGGUUGGAUCCCCUGAUUAUUAUGGUACGUGUAGGAAAAGUUGUAAUGCAUGUCUGAUAACAAGUUGAUUUUUACACUUUCUGUUAGUAUAAAUAUUCCCUUCAAGUUCUUUA